AUGACGACGACGUACUGGCUCGUGAGUCUCCCGCUCUUGGGAACGAGCGCGGAGGAGCAGUUCGGGACGCUGCGACGACACACGUCGGGGGCGAACGAGCUCUCCACGAACGUUCGCGUGCGCGUCCCAGAGCUCCGCGUGGGAACCUUGGAUUCUUUGUUGGCGCUCUCGGAUGACUUGGUGAAGACGUGCGCGCUGGCGGAGUCGACGCUGGAUAAAGUUCGGAGACAACACGUAGAUUUGACGUCCACGAGCGAUCGAUCGACGGGGAGGGAGCUCACGAUCGAUGGGGAGAGCGUGGAGAAAUUCUUGACGACGUUUGAGUGGGACGAGGGGAAGCACCCGUGUCGACGCGCGCUCAGGGAGACGGUGGAGAAGCUGUCGGAGCGACUGGGACGAAUCGAGGAUGAGUUCAAGCUAAAGUGUGGACAGUUGUCGACGUCGAGGAAUCAUCUGAACUCACUCGGUCGGCGAACGGGGGGCGGGGUGAACUCGAAGGACCUGAGCGAACUCAUAAAUCCGGCGGACCUGGUCGAGUCAGAAAAUCUUACCACACUCGUCGUCCAAGUUCCGAAGAUGCGAACGGAAGAUUGGGUGAGCAAUUACGAGACGCUGUCUAACUUUGUCGUUCCGCGAUCGUCCAAGGUACUGUACGCCGAGGGUGAUACAGAGUUAAGAACGGUGGUGCUGUUCAGACGCGUCGUCGACGCUUUCAUCAACGCCGCUCGGGAAAUCGGAUGCACCGCGAGGGAGUAUUCGCACGACCCCGAAGCCUCGCGCGCAGCGAAAGAUCAGAAAGACGCGUUGGAGCGGGAGUUUGCUGAGAGAAAGGAAUCGCUUACAGAGUGGUGUGAGAUUAGCUAUGGUGAGAUUUUCAGCACGAUGAUGCACCUCUGCACGGUACGGAUUUUUGUGGAGAGCAUCCUGCGAUAUGGUUUGCCUCCCGAUUUCCAGACUGUUCUUAUGCGACCCAACAUGAAAAACGCGACCAAGUUGCGAAAAGUGCUCAAUCAAGAGUUCGGGAAAGAUGCCUCGUCGCACUGGGAUGAUGACGGCGGCGGUGACGAAGAGAGGACGGGACUCAACGCAGAGGAUAUGUACUCGUACGUGUCGCUCACGUUGAAGGUCUGA